AUGGAUGGAUGGUGCGGGUUGAAUUUGAAGGAGGAAGUUGAAGCCGGGUUACUGAACGCAAGUUUCAACCGUCCUGCAGAAGUUCAGAGGCGUCUGAUACCGCACAUAAUAAGAGGCGAAAAUGUGUUAGGCCAGUCCAAGUCGGGUACAGGGAAGACUGUUGCCUAUGUAGCUUCGGUGUUGACGGGAAUAGAUUUGGAAUUUGAGCAUUGUAACGAGCAGUUAUCGCUGCAGCCGACGGGUAUAAAGGAGGAAUGUACAGUGAGUGUGCGGCAACGUUUACAAUGUGUGGUUGUGAUUCCCACGCGCGAAACAGGCGUGCAGGUAGCGAGUACGUUUACGCAAAUUGCAUGGCCGAUGAUAGACAGUGGGCUCCGAGUUUUGGCCUGUGUGGGUGGGUGUCCGCUUUCCUACGAUGUGAUUGGUAUGCGGAUCCAUCGACCGCAAAUAAUUGUCGGCACGCCUGGCCGGAUAUUAACCCUUACGCAAGACGUCACCAGUUACACUAACAAGAAGUCCCGACAGAGCCAAGGAAGCGUUGCCCAAGGAAGCGUUGCCAAAAUAGUACGAUGGAAUAUUCCGCCGCUGCGCACCCUCGUACUCGACGAGGCAGACAGACUCCUCCAAGAAAAUUUCCUACCGCAACUUCUGGCCGUGCUCGGCAACCUCAAGCAGUUCACCCCCAUCCAGGUCGUAGCGUGCUCAGCCACAUUCCCGCCGUCCGUCCUUAACCUCGUUGAACGCAUUGUGUACGACCUCGCCUGUCCGGACCUGUCAAAACGGGUAACGAAGGAAAAAAAAGGGGCGGCCCGUCGUUCCGCCCAGACCGAAUCAGUGGUGGAUUCAGCUCUCGCCGAUUCAACCAUCGAUUCACCUCUCGCCCAACCAGCCAUGAAUCCAGCCAUGAAUCCAGCCGGUGAUACAGUCGUGGAUUCGGAUUCGGGUCUGUGCAUUGUCGUUGAUGAGCACGAGACGGAGGCUGAGAAGACCCUAGUCGCACGACUACCCCCUGCACGUGUGUUGCGAAAGUGCUUUCUCGCUUCUUCGUUCAUCGAUCACAGCAAGUCCAGCACUUCUGCUAGAGUCCCAUUGCGAAUGGACUUGGACCAACGAGUUAUCAAGACGGACAUAGAAACCCCUGUACUUCACCAGGUGCCUUGUACCAUGAUAACUGUGGAUCCAAACGGGUCGAUGUUCAGCUUUGUUAUCAAUCAACUUCGGAUCUUUCCUGUCUGCUUCAACAAAAUUUGCCCCACUACCGCAGACUCCACAACCUAUGGUGCCGUGGCCGCUAACGAGGAUGAAUGUACCGAGGAUGUCUCUAAUGCCAUGCACGCCGUCAAUACUAUGCAUUCAGUCGAUGCGGCACAGGCAAUUGAUGCAAUGGAUGUAUACUAUGAUGCGUUCAAUGAGGACAGUGCAGUGCAUCGUAUACGUGAACUUGAAGAUUGGAUGGAUGAUGAUCAAGAUUGGAAUCAUUGGCCAGAUUUAAGAGUUAAAUUUAUAGGUUUAAUAAUCGUAUUAUGGUCUUGCUUAGAUCAACAAGCAAUUAUCUUUUGUAAUGAUACCUUUAGUGGUAAGAAGAUCUCCCAAACUUUAAGCAUUCUUGGUAUUCCUUCCGCCUUUAUAAGCGCAAAAGUUGAACAAGCUGAACGAGAUUCUUACCUCCGGGACUUCGCCGCAGGACGCCUGACCAGCCUAGUCGGAUCUGAUCUACUCGCUCGUGGAAUCGAUGUUACGCAAGUCAAUCUUGUAAUUUCUAUUGAUCUUCCUGAAUCAAAGGAUACAUGUCUACAUCGAAUAGGACGGGCAGGACGAUUCGGUAGACCCGGAAAAAACGUCUUUAUCCUCAGACAAGAAGAUGAAGCACACACUCUCAGACUAUUCGGCUUCCAAUCCGGAUUACAAGUCUACGAACCAACCUCUGUUUAA